AUGCAAGAGAUCAGCGUUCCUUCUAGAAAGUAUACAAGUGAGAAUGUAUCUUUACCUCUUUCUAAAAAUUAUUUUGAGUUGUUGCAGCUUGAGUCUCUUUUUCCUGACGCUGAUCCGUUAUAUUUAGCAGAAUGCCUUGCUUAUUAUGAUGAAGAUGCUGUUCAAAGAUCUACAUUAAAAAUUAUAUUCCACUGUUAUGGACAAUAUCCUAAGAAAAGUUCAUGGAUGCAUUAUAUACGUGAGGAUGAUAAAAAAAAUGCAAAACUGGAUAUUUUGAAUCAGAUUUUCCCUAAUAUUGAUGUAGAAUGUCUUAGAAAUGAAUUAAUACGGAGGGAUGAUACAUAUUUAUUGAAAUCUAUUGAAUCAUUGUUGAAUAUAGAUAUUGAAUCGACGGGAGUAUCUCGUCUAAGAAUAGGCAAGAUUGAGCCUUGGCAAAGAUUUCGAUCAUAUGAAUAUAUCUCAUCUGUUAGGUUUCAACUUAUUUCUGAGUUUCCAGAUGUACCAUCUUCUACCAUUAAUGCAGUGAUGGUGGAGAAUAAUAAUGAUUAUUAUAGAAGUAAAACAGUUUUAUCUAGAAUGCAGGGUGAACGCUGGUGGAAAUCGUUAGUUUCUUUUGUCAGGAAGAAGCGUUCAAAGCUGAAUUAUGUUAUCUGUGAAGAGUUAUCUCGAGAGAUGUUAAAUUUGGAAAAAAAACGAAGGGACCAGAUAGUAAUGAAGGAUUUUGAGCAUGCGGUGCAAUUGAAUUGGCAAGAAUAUUAUGAUAAAGGUCUUUUGAUAGAAUGUGGUUGUUGUUUUUCUGAAUAUGCAUGGGAAACAUUAGCGUAUUGUUCUGAAGGGCAUAUUGUUUGUAAAAAGUGUCUUGAAAAGACAGUACAGGAAGGGAUUUAUGGUCAAGGAAAUCUUAGAGGACAACUUCGAAUAAAAUGUAUUUUUUCGAAUAUUGAGACUGUCUGUGCAGGGUUUUAUUCCAAAGAUAUUCUGAAAAAUUCCUUGCCUUCAGAUUUGCUCAAAGCAUAUGAAGAUUCUCUUAAGUUUAGAUGCAUUUUUGAUAGUUCAUGUGAAAAUCUUGUUACAUGUCCAUUUUGUGGAUAUGCCGAGUUCAUUGAUGUUUGGAAAAUUAAAUUUUAUUGGAAAAUAUUUAUUAUGGUUUUUAUGAUAGGCUUUAUAAUGCAAUUGGCUUUUUUUUUGUCUUUUGUUAUGUUUCUUUCAAGCUUAAUUGUUAUUACUUCGGUUUACUUGAGCGGGUUUUUCUUUAUUAUUAAUUGUUCAUCGAAUUUUUUAAGAAAAUGGAUUGAUAAAACAGCAUAUCGUAUAUUACGCAAAAGAAGUUGUAGUUUGUUUAAAUGUAGAAAUGUUGAUUAUUGUGGAAAAUUUAGUUGUUGUCGAUGUAGGAAAGAAUGGAUGCCUUUCCAUAAAUGUUUCGAAAAAGAAUUAGAUGGACUUCGUCUUUAUGUUGAAAGAGAAAUGGCUAAUGCUGUAAAAAGAACGUGUCCUGUUUGCAAUUUAAGUUUUGUUAAGUCUGAUGGUUGUAAUAAACUUAUUUGUCAAUGUGGUUAUGUAAUGUGUUAUAUUUGUAGGAAAAAUAUUAAGAAAGAAUCUUACGCACAUUUUUGCCAUCAUUUUCGCUCUAUUCCAGGAAAAAAGUGUACUGAAUGUACAAAAUGUGAUUUAUAUAAGGUUGAUGAUAAUAUUGCAGAAGUUGCUGAAAGAGCUACUAAAGAAUAUUUGCUAGGAUGCAAAGAUUCGGGGGUAUGGCUAGGUUUGAAGCAUCAUACAGAAUUGUUAAAAGAUGGUUCAUUGUUCGGACGAAUUCUUGUUGUAAUCAAUAAUUUAUUAGAGUUAUUUUUAGAACAUAUAUUAGCUUGA